UCUCUUGCCCAAGUAGCAAGAAUACCGAUAGCUCUGAUAUGGUUCUUAAAGGAGAUGUUACUCCUUCGAUGAAUAAAAACUACUCUCAUGUUGAAACUAGUCAUCAGACAUUGAGAUUCAAUGAGUUACUUAAAAAGCAAACUAGUGAUAAUUCUGCAAACAACAUGAGAUACAGAAUGAACGAAAUACAAUCAAAUUUCUUGGAAAUAAUGAAUCCUAAAAAUUCUCCUGACGCCAACAGAUACUAGAAUAAAGUCAGUAAAUACCAAGAUAUGCAUUCCAAGAUGCAGGAAGAUAAAAUACGAGUACUUGAGAGAGAAGUAUCAACUCUCAAAGAAAAGCUUAUCUAUUAUGAGAAGAACUAUAAAUUCCAAAAGUCAACAUCAUAUACUUGAAUAAGUGUAGAGGAGCUUGAACUUUCUUCAAAAAUGGACCAGAAUUUCCUUAAUUCUUUAGAGCCCAGAGAAGAUCUAAUUAGGUACAAAAUUUGAAGAAAAUAAAAGCCUUAAGAGUACAGGAGAGUUUUGAUUUGUCAAACUAAAGAAUCCUGACCAGCUGGGCUUAGAUGAAUCUACAGAAAGUGAAGAAGAUUCUUCAGAUGUUCCAAUGAAAUACCCUUCUUCUCAGAAAAACGAGUGUCAAAGUCAAUCUAACAAACAAGAGCAGCAGAGUAAUAAAAUUUAUAAUGAGACAGAUUUGGCUGAGAAGGUUUUCAAUGUUGACUUUAACCUCAGUAAUAGUAACAUCGGUUCAACUCCUUUAAAGAAUGCUCUUGGAAAAUUACCUUUGCUUGAUAAAGAUGAGACAGAUUCCUUGUUCAAAUCUAAACAGAAGGGAAGUCCUUUGAACUCAGAAGAAAAUAAUAACUCCAUGUACAACUACAGAAUGAUCAAUCCCAUGGACCAAAGUGGAUUUACUCCAGAUUCUGCGGGAAAGAGCGCAAAUAGAUAUACAGAGAAAUCUGGACAAGAAUGAACAAUAGAGAUUCCGAGAAUGGAGAACUUAGAUGGUUGCUAAUCUAGCAACAAGUAUUAUUUUGAGAGUUCUAGAUACUAAAAUAAUGUUAACCUCUAGAAUUCUUUAUAACC